AAAAUACUAGAGUUAAAGGUGCAAUAAUUUUUAUUACUUUUUCUGCAGAGAACGAUAAUACAUCAUGUACUCGUUAUGAAAAGAUACAAGUCAGUGCAGUGUAAUGUUUAGAACCAAUUGUCUGUUUUUGUCUUGUUGAUAAAAAAAAUAGGGAUCUCUCUCAAAUUUAAUUCUUAUAUAUAUAUUUUUUUUUUUUAAUUGAAAUGAAAUUUAAUUAAAUUUUCUCUGAGUAUCAAAUACGCAUCCUUAAUAGCACAGUUUAUUCGAGGGACAUUCUGACGUCGAACAUUCACAGAGAAAUCCUCUAUGAAUGUUCUUUGGGACGUCCUUUGGAGAUCUGUGCUAUUAGGAUAAGCCUUCUUGUAGGAUAAGCCUUUCUGGUUUUCCUCUUUAUUACUCGUUGGAUUAGCUUUUUCUCCCAAGAAGAUAAAGAACUUAUUAUAGACGCGAAGACUAUUACCACAGGAUUUCCGCGUGUGUCCCGUUUGCGUAGAACACACUGGCUACGUUCGAAAACGUCGCUCGGAUGCCUCCGAUGCCUCGGAUUCAUCAUCUGUCCUUGUUUAACAUCUAAUGUUAUGAUGAUGAAUUCGAGGCAUCGGAAGCAUCCGAGCGACGUUCCCGAACGCAGCCACUGCGUGUAUGGAUACGCAUGAAAGCUAUAUGCAGGGUUAAGGAUAGUGACGAGCAGGCAGGAAGCGUGCAGAAAAGGUGUGUUGACGGAUGUUCUUCCUUUCAACUAUGAUUGUAGAACGGUGGCGGUGGCGGCAGCAAGCCGGUUACGGGGAUGCCGAGGGAAUGCGAGGAUACCGCGAGAUGACGUUCUCCAUCACGCUCGUCGUUCACUGACACGAUCCCAACCGGAUAACGAAGACGAUUGGCAGGAUGCUGCCGCGCGGGUUGCCGAUGAUCGUCCUCUUCCUCGUGCAGCUGCGUCAUCGUGUUAUCUGGUGAACUCUAAAGAUUAUGCACUUUUCUAAAUUAUUUAACGUAUCUACAAAAUUAAAAUACAGAUUAUUUUUUAAAGGCGAUCCAUUACGAGUUGGGAUGGAUCUCACCAUUGCGAGUUUCGAUGCGAUUUCAGAAGUCAAUAUGGAUUAUACGAUAACAAUGUACUUAAAUCAAUAUUGGAAGGACGAGAGACUCGCCUUUUCACACGAGGGUGAAGUCCUGACGUUAAGUGGCGAUUUCGCGGAAAAGAUUUGGGUCCCGGAUACGUUUUUUGCCAACGAUAAAAAUAGCUUUCUGCACGACGUCACCGAGCGCAACAAACUCGUUAGAUUAUCUGGUGAUGGCUCAAUCACAUACGGCAUGAGAUUCACAACGACCCUGGCCUGCAUGAUGGACUUGCAUUACUAUCCCCUCGAUUCACAAAAUUGUACAGUUGAAAUCGAAAGCUAUGGAUACACGGUGCUCGACGUACUAAUGUAUUGGAAGGAAACUCCCGUUCAUGGAGUCAAGGAGGCGGAGUUGCCGCAAUUUACGAUUAUCGGCUAUGAGACCAAUGAUCGAAAGGAGAAGCUGGCGACGGGCAUCUACCAGAGGCUCUCGUUAAGCUUCAAACUUCAGAGAAACAUUGGAUAUUUUGUUUUUCAAACGUACCUGCCGAGUAUACUAAUCGUGAUGCUUAGCUGGGUCAGUUUCUGGAUCAAUUAUGAAGCUACCAGUGCGAGAGUAGCUCUCGGCAUCACGACCGUACUGACGAUGACAACCAUAUCGACAGGUGUUAGAAGCUCACUGCCACGGAUCAGUUACGUGAAAGCUAUUGACAUCUACCUGGUGAUGUGCUUCGUUUUCGUGUUCGCGGCCUUGCUGGAAUAUGCGGCGGUCAAUUACACGUAUUGGGGCGCCAGAGCGAAGAAGAAGACCAAGAAGAAAGAAACCGACGAGAAGAAAAUACUAUCUUCUAAAACAGGGAGCAAAAUCAGUUCGCCUUUUCCUGGCUCCACGGACGCGGAUAUCAUAGAGCUUCAGGACCUCAGAAUGUCACCUUUGCCGAGCAUUAGAAAUAGGUCAGGCAUAGUCAGCGCUUCAUCGACUUUGGGAGCUGGAAGGGACCAUGACCCGGCCAAGUUUCCGCCGAGUUUUCGUAUGUCCAGGACUGCCGCUUACAACACGCAUAGUCGAAACAGCGGUCUUAGAUACAGAGGUCCAAGACCGCACAAGCCAAAGAUGUUACACGCUCUACGUAGAGGAGCUUCCGUGUUACGUGUAUCAAUGCCGAAGAUCAAGGAUGUAAACGUGAUAGACAAGUACUCGCGGAUCAUCUUCCCAGUCAGCUUCAUGUUGUUUAACGUCGUGUACUGGAUCUUCUACUUCUUCUGAGCGGCGAACGGAUAUUAAAAAUUGAAUCCCGCUCUGCCUCGUAUACGCCUAAAAAGGACCAAUCGAUUCGGGAGGAUCCUUUUAAAUCUUCUUUACCAUGAUCAUCGAACUAUGUGCAAUAUUUUUCACGGGGAUGAAGGUCCACCGAAUACUAGCAGGUGAUGAAAGUACUGAAUCGAAAGUACUGCCACGAAACAUUUAUCGAUAAAAGUAGAACGGGGGACUCGUGUGUGCCAACAGAGAUUUACGAGAUUUUCGUUAAUUAGAAAGUAUAUGAUACAUACAUAUAUAACAAUAUAUAAGCAAUACGGACGAGCGACAAUAUGUUCCUAAUGAAGCAUGAUAACUUUGUCAUGUUCGUACAAGAAGGGCUAAUAGGCGAACAACAAAAU